CGAACCGUAUAAACAAAUAUCUCAAGCCAACGGUCGCUUCUGUCUUAUCGUUACUAGUGUUAAAGUAGUCAUUAACAAUGGCCUAUGCGAACUGAGAUUAUGGUUAUAAGAAAAUUUCCUACGGAAUCAGUUUUCAUCAACCAUCUCCACAACGUUAACUGUCGUUGCCACAGAGAUCCUUUAUUUGGGCGCGCGAAGCAGUCAUGGAUGGAUUUGACUCUGAAACUUAUGUUAUAACUGGUCCUUUGCGGAAUUUUUCCAUUAGGGUUAAAUUGUUCUGUCGGCGGAGUAAGGCAGAGGAGCAGUAUCUGGAAGAAGAGUAUGUGUUUCAUUGGCAGGAAAAGAUUUUCAGUCCAAAAGAAAAGGCUCUUUAUAGGGACCGGAAAAAUUGUACGACUGAAACGCAACUACUUUACAACAAGGAAAUAAGCAAUAUGAAAGGUUCAGGAUUCCCAACAAAAAGAUUAUUUACUUAUGUCCAUAAGGACGAAAUAUCAGUAGAAAGAGACAUAUUCGUGGAUGGCAUUGGAACUAUCUCAUAUCCUGAGAAACGAAGAUCUAACAUCCAGUUAAAACUAGACAAUCUAUCGAAUCCUAUGCCAACAAAUGAAAUGUUGUUGGAGUUUCCUCCUGACUAUUAUAGAUACGUUAGUCAUCUACCUACUAGAAUAACCCAAGAGAUGUAUAUAAUGGCCGAUUUAAGUAGUGAUAUUCCAAAUGAUGCUGCAGACUUAUCGCCUCUUUAUAUGGGCAAUGAAGAAAUCCUCUGCAAGAUAACUAUUGAUUCUAAUGGACUUUUACGUUGCAAACCUGAUUUUACUCGCGGGUCUGUUAAGUACAAAAUAAAAAGCAAACAAAAAGGGUCAUAUUAUUUUACGUUGGAAAAUAUUUCACUUCAAAUGUCUGAUCUGGACAAACAGAAAAUAAGAAACAUGGAUAAAGAGAUAACACUUCGAAAAUAUUCUCACUUUUGUGCCUCCAUCGGCAAACAGUUUGAAAUGCCAAAUGAACAAAGUUACAGGCUUUUUAUCGCUGGAGAGAUAAUGGGUGCGACUAACUUUGAAAACCCUGGAUUGUAUGUACAAUAUUAUCUUGAAUUACCACAAAACUGGAAAGCGUAUGAUCAUAAGCUAUUAUGUGGAAGUUCCCAGAUAGCCUCUAUCAAAAAUUAUGGAAACGAAGAAAUAAUUAUGUUUUCGCAUCCGAUCGAAUUUGACCUAACAUAUAAACCUGAAAUAAGUAUCGACUUAACGAAAGGACCAGUUUCAAUAUGGCCUACACUGUAUUUUGAAGUCCAGUCGCUUGACUUUUGGACUCGGAGUCGAACUGAAGGGUAUGGAUUCACAGAACUUCCGCGCAUUGCUGGUGCUCACUCAAUUAUUGUGAGUUGUUGGCGCCCAGUAGGAGAUUCUGUUGUAGAGGAACUAAGAAGAUUUUUUAUAGGUGGAACAUGCCAACUAGAGGACCCCACAUUUGCCAAAAUACCUGGAUCAUUUGAAGUGAGUAUGAAACGCAACACGAUUACAUACUUGAUGGAAAAUCCCAACACGAAAUUAGUAAACGAUGCUACGCUGAAACUUUUUCUUAGAUGGAUAAUGCUCUUAAAACUGAGAAGUCAUGUUUACAUUUAAUAUUGCCUGUCAAAUUAUAGGUGAACUGAUAAUUUUUCGUUUACUCUGUUGGGUUUAUCGAUAAUGAUCAUGAAUGCAAUCGACAUAUAAUCCUUCCAAUUAAAUUGACUUUUGUAGAUUUCAAUAAAUGAAGCUUUCCCGUUCAAAUGAAAGACGCUAUUGCCUCGCUUACUGGGAAUGAUUUAUUACAAAAAAAACACCUUAUAAAUGAAUCCCGAAUUUUUAAGAAUCAUCUCGUAACACACUAUGUGGGAGAGCUGAUGGACAUACCGAGACUAGGGAAUGAUUAUCGCUUCUACAGUCUAUGUUGAGUAGUGUGAAAAGUUAUGACAGACUAACCAUUUGAAUUAUGGAAAGAUGUUUAGACACAAAUAAAAGCUAGUGCAUUUGAGCCUGGUUUUAGCUGGAUUAUAUAGUUCUUAUACAUCGGUUCUUACUCACAACACAAUGUCCUCCAAAAAUACUGGAUACCUUAACGAAUCAUCAAUGAACAUUAGAAUAACCACAUUUUGUUGUCUUGCGCAAAUUGAUCGAAAGCCACUUAACAAGACGCAGUUCGUAAAACAUUGAACAGGAGCAUUUUAUAUACAAACUUUCUUUUAUGCGACUACUGACAAAAUUGUAUCAGUAGCUGCACACUUCCCAGUAUAAGUGCUUAAUUUGUGUAGAAACCAUAAACUUAUAUUCUACAUUAGUUCUCACUUCUGCGGUCACAGAAAUCUCAGCACGGAUAGAGAAGGAUCGACUAGCUUUUGCCAACUUGCG